AUGGUCAAACCUGGAUCCACAGUACCAGCUAAAAUAAGAGAAAGUACAAGGUUUUACCCUUAUUUUAAGGGUUGUAUUGGAGCUAUUGAUGGCACACAUAUACCAGCAAUGGUGACAGGGCGCGAAGUAAGUAGUUAUCGUGAUCGUCAUGGUAAAAUAUCACAAAACGUGCUAGCUGCUUGUAACUUUGAUUUGGAAUUCAUAUACGUUCUUAGUGGAUAGGAGGGUUCAGCUCAUGAUUCAAAAGUGUUAAAUGAUUCUUUAUCAAGGAGGAACGGACUUAAAGUGCCACAAGAAAACAACGAGCAUUCAGCAUCGUCAUCAUCACUAGAAAAUGAGGGAAAUAAUUAUGACCAAGUUUUUCAAACCCAAGAACAACAACGCGAGAAUGCUAACCAAUGGAGGGUUGGGAUAUCUUCAAAUAUGUGGAGAGAUGCUAUGAAUGACGGGAGUCAAAGAUGA